AACAAAGAAAGAAAAAAAAAAUCAAUAUCAUCCCUUCCAAAUUCAAAUUUUCAAGUCUUCUUCACACAAUGAGAAUCGCCGAAAUCUCGUCGCCGGAACUCCGGCAAUCCAGCCAAACCUGUCCUCCGUCACCAAACAACCACAACCACAACCACCACCUCCUCCUCCUCUCUCAGAUCGACUCUUCAAUAAAACAAAUCGAAUCCCUCUCUUCCAUUAACAACAACAACAACAAACAUUUACCAGAAACCGUCUCAACUAACCUCCGUCAAACCCUAACUCAGCUCACUAUUCUCCAUCCUCUUCCUAACUCCGUCAACCUCCAAAUCUGGAAACUCAGUUACCGUUUAUGGAACGCCUGCGUCGACAUUUCCAACUUCUCCUCCUCCUCCUCCUUAUCCACCGUCUCUCUCCGCCACAUCGCUUCCGACAUGCUAUCUCUCGCCGGAAACGUCGCCGGAGUUCCUUCUACCGGUAUCAAAUCCGCUUCCUUCUACUACAAAACCGGUCUCAUCUAUCACGACCUUAAAAACUUCGACCUCGCUUCCACUUGCUUCGAGAAAGCCACCGAUAUCAUCUCGAGAAUCGAUAUAACCAGAAUCUCCGAUUCCGGUGAGAAAAAACUCGUUCUCGAUUUAAAUCUCGCGAGAUCUCGUACUGCAUGGGAGGUAAACGACCGGAAUCUGGCGGUUAAUUUACUGAAUCGGUCUAAAAACUUACUGUUCGGUUCGUUUGAUCACUACAAAACGUUAUCUCUUCAGUACUUAGCUUUCAGCAAAAGCUUGCUAUCAUCAAAAGCUGAAACUAACAAUAAUAACUCAUUAAACGAUGCGUUUAAGCUAUUAUCAGAAGCUCUAGAUUUAUGCCAGAAAGGAUCGAGUGUAUCGCGAACACGAGAACAAACAGUGGAACUCAACGACGUGAAAUCCAAAACGCUGCGUUUUAUCUCCGCCGUGCAUUUACAGAAAGGAGAGUUUGAUAGCGUGAUUAAAUGCGUUAGGGUUUUAAGAGAAGGUGACGGUGGUGGGGACAGUGGGGACCACCAUGCGAGUCUACCUGUUCUGGCGAUGAAGGCGUGGUUGGGGUUGGGGAGAUAUGAAGAAGCGGAGGGGGAGUUGAGGGGUAUGGUGGCAAAUAAAGGGAUUCCUGAGGGUGUUUGGGUGUCUGCAAUUGAGGCGUAUUUUGAAGUGGCGGGAACAGCUGGGGCUGAGACUAUUAAGGGGUUGUUUUUGGGUUUGUUAGGGAGGUGCAAUGUUAGUGCCAGUUCUGCUGUUAGGGUCGCUCAUAGAGUAAUUGGGGAGAGUGGUGGUGAAGGGUGUAGUAUUAGGGCUAAGGUUGUGGCUGAGUUGGUUUCUGAUGAACGAGUUGUGGCGCUUUUUGUUGGGGAGGGAAUGGAUAAAGAGAGGAAAGCAAUGCAUGCUAUUCUCUGGAACUGUGCUUCAGAUCAUUUUAGAUCAAAAGACUAUAGGAUGAGUGCAGAGAUGUUUGAAAAGUCGAUGCUUUAUAUUCCAUAUGACAUUGAGAACAGGAUUCUUCGUGCAAAGGGCUUUAGAGUUUUGUGUCUCUGCUAUCUUGCUCUCAAUCAGCUUGACAGAGCCGAAGAAUACAUAAAUGAGGCUGAAAAGCUUGAACCCACCAGUGCUUCUGCUUUUCUUAAGUUCAAGAUCUAUCUCCAAAAUGGCAACCAUAGCGAUGCUAUCAAUCAGAUCCAAGCAAUGAAAAGUUGCAUUGAUUUCAUUCCAGACUUUCUUACCCUCUCAGCCCAUGAAGCUCUCGCUUGCCAUUCACUUUCCGUUGCUGUUGCCUCUUUGUCCAAUCUUCUGAACUUCUACACUUUGGGAAAACCCAUGCCAACAACCGAAGUUGAAGUACUACGAACUAUAAUCACAAUCCUUGCUAAGGACCCUGGUAAUGAACCAGAAAUUUUGAAGUUCAUGAAACGGGCUCUUGCAAGAGCUUCUGAGCUUGGAAGAGAGUGUUUUUUUGGAAAAGGUGAGGUUGGGAGAAGAGAACAAAAUUGGUUUUUAGUGACUUCAUGGAAUUUUGGGACAAAAUGUGGCAAGGAUAAGAAUUUUGAACUGUGUUCAGAAUUUUUGAGAUUGAUUACAGAAUUCUAUGUGGAUCCUAUAGAUGGGCAAGCAGAGGAACAUUGUAUUAUGGUAUGCAAAUCAUUGAUAUUGACUGUAUCUGCCAUGAUAGCUUCAGAGAAUCAAAAGGAGGUUGCAUUGAUGGACUCUGAACUGAAACAAGCUGUUGAACUGCUAGAUAAAGCAGGGAAGAUGCUGAAAUCAAUCACAGUAGGAGCUCGACUUCUCGAUGAUAAAAUCACAACAAUCGAGCCAGAGCUUGUCUUCAUGUACACCUUCAAUGCCUACGACAUACAUGGACGACUUGAUAAUUCAGGAUCCCAACAGCAACUCCACAUUGUAAAGACUUUUGCAAGCUCAAAAGCAUGCAACCCAAAGUAUCUUCUCCAAAUCGGCCUGACCGCCACUCGCGGUCCACGGUCUAACCCUGAGGUAGCCACAUUUGCUCUAAACGAGUCCCUUUCAGCCCUACUUUCAUCACCCUCACCAGAUUAUCAAGACAUCGGUAUCAUACUACGAGCACUGAUUUUAAUAGCGAGUCUUCACAAGGGUGACUCAGAUGAUGACAUUGUGUAUAAUAUGUACAAACAAGCGUAUCGGAUAAUGGUUGGAUUGAAGGAAGGUGAGUAUCCCAUUGAAGAAGGGAAAUGGUUAGCAAUGACUGCGUGGAACCGGGCGGCGGUUCCGGUUCGGUUGGGUCUGGUUGAUGGUGCAAAGAAGUGGAUGGAUAUUGGAUUAGAACUUGCCAGAAAGGUUUUAGGGAUGGAUACAUAUAGGGCUUGCAUGGAGGAUUUUAUUACAGGUUUUGGGAAGAAACUUCAAUUGCAAAAAUGAUGGUUAGACAUAAAAACCUGCCUAGUAGUUUAAUAACUUGUAGUGAUUGUCCAAUAGUAGUACAUAUUAGUUGAAGAUAUUAUAGUGCAUACUGCAUACACAAUAUAGAUAGCUGAAUAUAUGAUAGUGUAUAGGCAAUGCAUGAGAUUUGACUAUCUUGAAUUAGGGGUGUAAUUGAGUAGGGUUACCUUGUGAGAUAUUCGAAAUUGAUUAUAAAAGUUGAAAUGGAGUGAUAAGGGUUCAAUUUUUCUCAUUAAGAGGUUUUGAGUUUAAGCCUUGUAUAUGAAAUAACUUUAAAAAUAAUACUUAUUAGAGAGUUUUUUCA